CGUUUGAUAGACUCUCUCUCGUACUUCAAAAUCGUAAAAUAGCUACUUUGGUCCUCAAAGCUCUAAAGAAAGAUCAAUAUAUGCCCGCUCUUGCUGCGAUUAUCACAAACCUUACGACAAAUGGAGCAACAAGCUAUAAUGAUGUCGUAUUUACAUUUCCAAAUGGCAAUGCCAUUGGAGCAUGGGUUGAUCAGAUACGCGUGAAUAUACCGUGGUCAAUGAAUGAACCAGGCGUUUCAGGUGUUUGCACUUCAGUCACCAGAAUUAAUCGAAUUACUAAGCAUGAUACAGGCACACCCUCAACUGCGUUUGAUAUCGAAAACUUUUCAAUUGUCUUUAAUAGAAACUGCUAG